GCUUGUCCGGUUCAGCGGGAGGUGGGCGGGUGAUUCUGCGUCUCCUCGAUACGAUUGGCCCUAGCGCCUGCCGAUCGGCGGUGAGUGGGCGGGCCUCCGCGCCCGCCCGGUUACGAUUGGCCCCCGCCGCUGCCGGUCAGCGGCGCCCGCCGCCGAUUGGUCCGCCGGACGUCGGGGCCUUCCUCUCGGUUCGGGCCAUGGACGCCGAGCCGGCCCUGGGGCCGCUGUGCGAGAGCCUGGACCGGCUGCUGCUGCGCUACCUCCGGGAUGUGGAGAGUCUGGCGGAGCGGCGGGGGCGGCUGGAGAGGCUGAUGGAGCAGGGCUGGUUCUCGCUGUCCAAAGCUCGCUACGCCAUGGGAAACAAGUGGGUUUCGUCCUUGCAGUACGGACCACAGAUGGUACCUUUGGCCCAUGUCGAUGUGAGUCCGAACGAAGAUGGUCAUCGCUGCUUCAAAGUUGAGAGAGUGAACUCUGGGGAACUAACGACAAGUGCAGGAGGUGUCGAGGAAGAUCAGAAGGACGUGCUAGAGGUUGGAGCCCAAGGGCAGGCGCGGAGGAGAAAGGCCAGGCGGGGAGCCCAGGAGGGGCAGCAGCUGAAACCGGAAGGGGAGCCGGCCAGCGGUCCGCGGGCGUCGGGCGAGAAGCCGGCGGGGCGCGGAGGCGGACACCAGCCCGGCCAGGACCCCGUCCGCUGGUUUGGGGUCCUGGUGCCUCGGAGUCUACGAGACGCUCAGGCGGCUUUCAAAGAAGUGAUGGAGCUCGCGGCUGAGGUGGCAACUCUGCAGAGCAGACUGGACAGCGCCAAGGCAGAAUACCAGGCCCUCCUGCGACAGAAGCACAAACUCAUUGGACCCCAGAGCGUGUGAGCGUGGCUUGGUUCUGCCCACGCCAGCCAGAGGUCAGCCUCUUUCGGGAAUGUUCUCCCCUCCUCAACCCCCAGGUCCGCCCAUUCCAAGGAACAUUCUGGCGGAUCUGAGCGUCCCAGACUUUGCUAAAAUCUCCGUUUUCCAGGUUCUGCUGUCUUGAGAUGAGCCAGCGGGUGGCAGGGGAGUCGGGAUGGCCCCCCUGUGAGCGCGCUGUAAACCAGCAGAGCAAGGAGGAUUGUGUGAUCAUCUUCGGUCAUUUGAGAAAAUAAAUCCGGGUUGGUUUUGUG